CAAUCCACGUGACUAGUACUUUAUUGAGGUCAGUGAUCACUUUUUGCUUCCAUUGCAACUUCACCAGGAAACUAGCUCUAAUUUUCAAGCCAGUCAAGGGCCUCCAAGAGUCCCUCAUCUACAACAUGGGCUGCUUAGAGAGCAAAGAUACCACAGAUGGUCCGGAUGAGAACACCAGGCUGCUAGGAAACCAACCCACACCUGUGCAACCCAUACCCCACUCGUCAUCUGGGUCAGGAAACCACAUCACAAAAACAGACGAAGAGUCAGCUCUCAAUAGAAUAUUACAGCGAGCAGCAAAUGAUGUGAUUGACGUGACCGUGGUAGAGCCACACAGCAUGGAGACAGCUGAAGUGAGAGGGAGGACAAGAGACUACCAUUCCCAGGUGGCGUCAAUGAGAGGUGUUUCCAGGCCAACUCAGAAGCUACCAUCAUCUGACCAACCACCAAAUGUUAUGUUAUCCAAGGAACUUGUGUCACCAACCGAUGUUAGAUUUAUCACUGAUCGCACAGAGGCCACAGAUGCUGCUCUUCAGAGUAUGGAGAUCAAGGGAGGGGAACCGUUAGUCGUGCAGUUUGCUGCUCCGUAGUCAAUACAUGCAUCUGUCACAGAUACUUUGGACUAUGGACAAUCCAAAUUUAUGUAUGCAAUUACAUGUACAUUGUACUGUGUCAAAUCGCACGUCUAACAUCUGUGUUAAUAUUUUAUUUACUGACUGUAAUUUUUCAUUUGUGCGCUAUACUGAUUCCCCCCCUGGAACCACACACUGGUAUUGUGUUACCUUAACGUUGCAUUGAUUUGUGUGAAUAAUUAUUAUGUUUUAACAAA